GGGAAAUUCGAACAAACGAAAGUAGAAACCACACAUAAUUUCAGUCUUCCGCCCCUCUUUAAGUGAAUUAAAACAUGUUAAUAUAUACAGAUAUAUGAAUAUAGUCAGCAAGUAGAGCAGAUAUUUUAGAAAAUGUUCGGACAUGUAACUCUCCAUGUGUGAAAGGCGUGUCCUGAUUCUUGCUGUGGUAACAGAUAUACACGAUUCCACAGUUACAUAUCCAAGUUGUUGUGGUUGCUACAGUAAACUCUUGGUGGACCCCACUACAGAUAGGUAUCACUGUAUUCGGUGUGGUGUAAGCUGUGACAGAACAAAGGUACAAUGGCGAUACAGACUGGUUCUAUCGGUAGCAGAUGGAACAACUAUCGGCAGAGUAGUCGUGUUUGGCAGGACACUGGAUGGUUUCUUUGGAAAGACGGCUACAGACUUUAGCAGGAGUAUUGAUGAUCUUGAGAGGACUGGUUAUCCUGCAUCAUCAAUGUUGUCAGAAGCUUUACUGAGGACCUUCCAUGGGAAAUAUUUUUACUUUGGUUUUAAGUUGACUGGGCCAAGUGAUGCAGAAGAAACACCAGCUCUAAAGGAUGUCCUGAAAUCAGAAAAUAGUCUAUGUUACAGUCAGCUAGACUGUACCUCAAACUUUGAAAAUUCUCAUACUCUGGCUUAUCAGAUGCUUGCAUGUUCAGAUGCUGUUUAUGCCACUGUUACUGACCAUAUGAGGUUAUUGGUUAAACAUCUUAGAAAUCAGAACCAGUCUAAAACGUUUAAGACUCCAGACUGUAACCAGUCCUGGAAAGUUUCAAAAGAGCCACAGUCUAUUAAAAAUUUGUCAAGUAGAACUGCAGGCAGUCUAAGCUCCUGUAGAACAGUGUCAUUUGGUGCAGAUCAAGAAUCAUUGAAAUUUAGUUUUGAGACUGACGAAAAUCGGAGCAUUUCUUUUCAGGAAACUGAAAGAUUUAACAGAAGUAAGAUCAGUGUAUCAAAAAACUACCAGCAUCUCACAGAAUGUUCAGAAAAUGACAAAAGUCCUUUUGUAACACAUGAAGAAAAUUUAAGGAAUAAAGAAAGGUUUCUUACAGGAAGUGGGGUAAAUCCAGAUGAUUUUCAAAGAUGUGUGACUUUUGAUACCAUAAAUGAAGAAAAUGAAGAAAGUUGUUUCCCUUUUGUAGGAAAUGGGAGUAAAGCAUUUAGUAUUUUGCAGUCAGAAAAUCAAAAUUUUGUUAGAGUUGGUAACUUUGCUUCAUCUGUAGGAAGUAUUAAUGCUGAUACCUUCAGUGAUAAUUUAAUUGCAAGAUUGGAUUUUGAUAAUCUUAAUGAAAGUGAUGCUUCAAACACAAGCAGAAAAAUAGAUAAUGAGCUUGUAAGAAGAAGACUUGUGUCAUUUCAGAAGAGCAUGUGUUGCAAGACAGCAGCAUCUUCAGAAUUUUGGAGAAUACCUGAUAUAGAGGCAUGCUGGGAUAAAAAUAGACUGAAAACAAAAUGUGAAAAUGAUUUAACUGUUAGUGAGAAUUUGAAUGACAUUACUAUUGAAACAGACUGUGAUGAUGCUAUAAUUAGCAAGGGUAAAUUAAAGGACUUUGAAAAUGUAUCUGAUAAAAUAGUUGAUUCUGGUUUAAAGAGAAAACAUGACUGUAAUAUAAUUGAUGAACUCAACAUGCCAGAGUCUGAAGACCUUGAUGCCUUCUUUGAGUCUGGGUUUGAAGGUAUACAGUUUACACAAGAUGUUGUUGAUGUACAGAAUAAUACCAAAGAAAAGGAUGGAGAUGAAUAUUUAACUAAUAUGAUAAACAAGAAAUCAAAAGAUACUUUGGUUGAGAAUCUUGAUUUAGACAAGUUUGACACUAAAAAUAAAGAGAUUGAUUCUGAUAGGGUAAAAAAUAAACAGUGUCCAGUAAUGGCCAGAGUUGAAGGAAUAAAUCUGAAAGAUGUUACAAUAGAUUUUCCCUAUUUACCAGAAUCUGAACAGAUUGAAGAUUUUCUUGAUUCCUUUGAAGAGUGUUUGCUCCAAGAAGAGCUUGCAGCACAGAGUAAGGUUAAAGUAAUAACUGUUGCAGAAAACACGCAAAGUGAAAAACUUGAUGGUGAUGAAAAGGAGAAUUUAACAGAUAACUGCACGGAAGUAUAUAAAGAGUCAACUGAUAUAAAAACUGCUGCAAUAUUAGGAAACAUAGCUGAAGAAUGCAAAUUAACUAAGGAAGUUGGAAAGGUUGCUAAUGACAAUAUUGUAAAUGAGUUAAAAGGUGAAGUAGUUGAUGAUUUCUUACUUGACAGAGAAGCUGAUCUUCAUGAAGAAGAAGAAUUUUUUUCAACCUUGUCUUUUGUUGAAAAUGAUAAUGAGGGGACAAAAUAUGGAUUAGACGAUAUCGAAAAUGAAGGUAUAAAUGAAUGCGGAUUUAACUUUAAUGACUCUUCAACUAAUAACGCAAGUGUUGAGUUAAAGUUAGAGCCAUCCAGCAUAAUGUUAUUAGGUAAAGACAAUUCUGCAAGAUCUACGCACAGUGAUUUAGAUAAAGUGCAAAGUGACCUUGGGCUUGAAGGAAAUGAGUUAAUUGACAGUACAGCCGAAAGCAUGUCUGAAGAUGAUAAAAAUGAGUCCAGUGACUUAGAGCAGUUCUUGGCUGAUAUUUCAAAUAAUGAAGGACAAAUUCCUGAAAUGAGAGAAGAAAUCUUUAGACCUGAUGACAGUUCUUUGAAGAAUAAACAAGCAAAUGAACUUUCAAAAGAAAAUGAUAUGGAGAAAACGAGGACAGAAAAAAUUACUGCUGACUUAGUAGAAGUCGCUGAAGAUACAGAAAGUGAUCUUGAUGAGUUCUUUCAUGAUUUAUCACAAUUAUGCUUAAAGGAAUCUGGAAAAGAUUCUUGUAUAAAUAUUAUAGAAAUAGGCAAUGAAAAUGUAAAUUCUAAAACAGACAGUAAUGCAAAUAAUGUUACAAAGCGCAAAAUGACUGCUAAUCCAGUUAUUGAAAAUGAAAUACAUCAACAUGAAGAAAACUGCAGUAUUAUUGACAAGUCUUCUGAUUUUGAAGCAACAAAUGUAAAAUUAGGCAAAAUCAAGCCAGUGUUUAGAUUAGUGCCAUUUAGCAGUUGUUUGAGAGUAGGAAAUACAUCACAAAGGACAGUUAAAACUGUGACAGAAUUGAACGCUGAUUCCAGUAAGUUAGAACACACUAGAUCAGACACUGCAAAGGAGUCUAAUGCCAUUGAAACAGUGAUAACAUUUAAUGAAGUGAAUGCUUCUAACACUGGUUCUUUUGAAAAAGUGAAAAAUACAUCUGGAACUUUGGAAACUCCAACAGAAAAGAGAGAAUGUAAAGAUAGUAGAUAUGAAUCAAGUUCAAUAAAUUAUUCAGCCGAUCUGUUUGAAAUGUCUGGUGGAGAAUCUGAACAAGGUUCUGCAUAUGUUCUGACCGUUUGCACUCCAAGCUUUAACACUAAACUAAAUUCUGAAAAUUCUAGUUUAAAUGAAGAUGCAUUUGAAGACAGUCCACUGGGAACAUCGACACCAGGGUUAGAUGAAUGUGUGAUAUUUGACAGUCAAGACAUGUCUGAUGUUUAUGAAAGUCAGUCUAAAAAUAAUUUGGCUAAUCAGGGAGAUGCUAAAAGAAAAGUGAAAUUUGAUAAAAGAUUAAGAAGAGUUAGCUCUUGCCAUGUUAUGGAUAUUAGAAUGAGGUUAAAUGAAAGUCCCUUAAAUAUGCCAGUUCUAGCUGUAAAGUCCUGUUUGAAAUCACGUAAAUUGUCGUCAAAAUAUGUUGCUGAAAAUUCUGUGGUAGAGGAAAGCCGUAAUAAUAGUCAUAAUGUUGAAGCUAACGCUGAUUUUGAUAAAAGGAUCUCAGAAGAUCAAAAUGGGUGUAUUGUAGCAAGUAGUACUUUAAAUGGUAAUAAUGUAGAACAAACUUCAGUUUGUUUAGAAUUAGAUGGAUCAUCAGAUUUGUUUGGUGAAAGUUUGGUUAUUUCACCAAAAGAACCUUUAAUUUUAACUGAUCAUAAAGGUAAGCAUGAAGAACAAAAAACUGGAGAAGCUGAAACUGUAAGGGCAUAUAAUCUUGAAACAGUAAGAACAUAUAACAUGAAAGAGAAUGUUACAAGGGAAGACAAGAAAAAUAUAACACCAUGUAUGCCUAAUAGUCAAGAUCUGUGGCUAAAUGAAUCAACUGAUUCAUUUAUGUAUGAAGCUAUCCCAGGUAACAGACAUUCACAGAAUCCCGAUGAUAUGCAAAAUAAUGAUGAAAAAGUAUAUGCAUCUGAUUUCACUACGGCCAAUUCAGAAACACCAGAUUUAUUCACCAGUCAACAAAAUUUUAUGAAGCUUCCUACCUAUUCAAAAGGGAGCAAAAAUGAUUGUUCAGAAAGUUGCAAAUUACCAGAGUACCAGAUUAACAAAGACCCGCCUCUUCAGUUUGUUGGGAAAGUUGGGGAAAUCAGCCAAAGGAAAGCUUUAAAAUGUUUGGUGAUUAAUACCCCAGACUGUGAUACUGAUAUUCUUUCUAAACAGAGAGCCAUGUGUUUAAAAUUUCAGGACCAUUCUUCUGAAACUGGAGUUCAUCAUGGUUAUCAACAAAGUCUGAAUGAAAUGAAAGAAAACAUUUGUGUUGAUGAUUCUCCCGACAUUUUUGGGGACAGUCUUGAAGAGUUAGAUAGAAAACUUAUCUGUGAUAAAAAGAAUGUUGUUAAUAAAAGCAGUGUUUUAUGUAAAAAACUGUUCUUUUAAGAAAUAUGAAAUGUAUUUGAUUUUAUAUAUUCUGAAAUAUUUUGUUUUUUUAAUAAAUAUUUAUUAAGGUGGAAUAAAGUAAUAUCAAAAGUUUUUUUUAGCUUUUGUGACCGCUCAAUGUCCUUCGUGCGUCGUGUGUCAGUCAACAUUUUCUAAAAAAAUCUUCUUGAAAACCACUGGGCAGAAUUACACCAAACUUCACAGGAAUGAUCCUUGGGUGGCCCCCUUGCAAAAUUUUUCAAAGAAUUGAAUUCCAUGUAGAACUCUGGUUGCCAUGGCAACCGAAAGGAAAAGCUUUAAAAAUCUUGUCCAAAAUCACAGGGCGUAGGGCUUUGAUAUCUGGUAUGUAGCAUCAUCUAAUGGUCCUCUACCAAGAUUGUUCAAAUUAUCCCCCUAGGGUCAAAUAUGGCCCAACACUGGGGGUCACAUUGUUUAUAUAGACUUAUAUAGGGAAAACUUUGAAAAUCUUCUUGUACAAAACCACAUGGCCUAGGAUUUUGAUAUUUGGUAUGUAGCAUCAUCUAGCGGUCCUCUACCAAGAUUGUUCAAAUUAUCCCCCUAGGGUCAAAUAUGGCCUCGCCCGGGGGUCCCAAGUUUUACAUUGACUUAUAUAGGAAAAAAAGUUUUAAAAUCUUCUUGUCUGAAACCACAAGACAUAGGCCUUUGAUAUUUGGUUUGUAGCAUUGUCUUAUGGUCCUCUACCAAAAUUGUUCAAAUUAUGCCUCUUGGGUUAAAAGAGGCCCUGCCCUGGGGUUACUUAGUUAUUAUAUGAGUUAUAUAGGAAAAGAUACUUAAAAAAAUUAUCUGAUCCUAUUCCAAGACUGUUUAAUUAUAAUUACCUGAUGACCCCAAGUAAUAUGAUGUCACUUGACUGUGACCUUGACCUGCUGUCCUACUUGGUUGUUUUUUAAGAUACAGCCUUGAAAUUUAGAUGACAUACACAGUUUUGUACACCGAUCGUAAAACUGAAUUUCAUUGACCAUGAAUGAGACCUACUGACUUUCUUAAUAUUUUAGCAUCAGUUUGACAUUUGAAACAUGUAGCUCAUAUUACUCAGGUGAGCAAUCCAGGGUCAUCAUGACCCUUUUGUUGAUUCCUAUAUGAUCAGUUUUAAGCUUCAACAGUAUUUUGGUAUUGAUACUAAAACCAUGUUAGCUAAGUCUUUUACCUAUAGAAAUAUUCAGUUUGUCUGUUUUUGUACCCCCCCAAACAACAAAGUUGUAAAGGCGGGGGUGGGGGGUAUACUGGUUUCAGGUUGUCUGUCUGUCCAUAGACACAAUCUUGUGCGCACCAACUCUCCUCAUCUCCUUGACACAAUUUAAUGAAACUUCACACAACUGAUCAGUAACAACAGUAGUUGUGCAUGGUGCAUGUUGGGUUCUUUCAGAAUUUUUUUUUGCAGAGUUAUGGGACUUUGUUUUUUGUUACUAUGCUAUAUACAUAGUCUGCAUAUGCAAUCUUGUGCACACCUAAUCUCUUGAACCCAUGCACACAAUUUAAUGAAACUUAACACGAGUGAUCAGUAGUAGCCCUAGUCCUAACAAACAAAGUUUGAGCGGGGUAUAUAGGAGUGAGCUUGUUGAUUGGUCUGUCAGUCGAUCCGUUGGUUUUCAUGGUUUCCGGUCAGUAACUCAUGACAGGCUUGACAGAUUUAAGUAAUUUUUGGUACACAGGAGUAACAUCAUAAAAUAUAGGUUAAGCCACACUUUGAGGUCAGUAGGUCAAAGGUCAAGGACACAAUGACCUGGAACAGUCAAAUAGUUUCCAGAUGAUAACUUGAGAACACUUGGGCCUAGGAUAAUAAGUUUUGGUACACAGGUGUAACAUCAUAAAAUACAGGUCAAGUUCGACUUUGAGGUCAAAGGUCAAGGUCACAAUGACCCUGAACAGUUAAAUGGUUUCCGGAUGAUAACUUGAGAACGCUUGGGCCUAGGAUCAUGACAGUUGAUAGGGAGGUUGGUCAUGACCAGCAGAUGACCCCUAUUGAUGUUGAGAUCAGUAGGUCAAAGGUCAAGGUCACAAUAACCCGGAACAGUUAAACCAUUUCCAAGAUAACUUGAAAACGCUUGGGCCUAGGAUCAUGAAAAUUUAUAGGGAGGUUGGUCAUGACCAGCAAAUGACCCCUAAUGAUGUUGAGAUCAGUAGGUCAAAGGUCAAGGUCACAGUGAACCGGAACAGUUAAACCAUUUCCGGAUAAUAACUUGAGAACGCUUGGGCCUAGGAUCAUGAAAGUUGAUAAGAAGGUUGGUCAUGACCAGCAGAUGACACCUAAUGAUUUUGAGGUCAGUAGGUCAAAGGUCAUGGUCACAGUAACCAGGAACAGAUAAACUGUUUCCAGAUGAUAACUUGAGAAUGCUUGGGCCUAGGAUCACGAAACUUGAUAGGGAGGUUGAUCAUGGCCAGCAGAUGACCCCAAUUGAUCUUGAGGUUCGACUUUGACAUUGGCUUACUUCUGUGACAAGGCCGUAUUGUUGGGGUAUAAUUCGUCACUCCUGUGACAGCUCUAGUUGUGCAUGGUGCAUGUUAGGUUCUUUCAGAAAAAAAUUCUGCACAGUUAUGGGACUUUGUUUUUAGCUCACAGGUGAGUUAUUGUGAUCGCUCGAUGUCUGGCUUCCGUCUUCUAUCGUCUGUCUGUCAACAUUUAGCUUGUGUAUGUGAUAGAGGCUGUAUUUUUCAAUUGAUCUUCAUGAAAUUUGGUCAGAAUGAUUGCCUUGAUGAAAUCUAGGCCUAGUUCGAAUAUGGGUCAUCUGCGGUCAAAAACUAGGUCACUAGGGUUUCAAAGAAAAACCUUGUGUAUGCAGUAGGGACUGUAUUUUAAUCUGGAUCUUCAUGAAAUUUGAUCACAAUGUUUGUCUGGAUGAAAUCUAGGUCAAGUUCGAAUAUGGGUAAUCUCGGUUCAAAAAUAAGGUCGCUAGGUCAAAGCAAAGAAAAAACCUUGUGUAUGCAAUAGGGACUGCAUUUUACACUGGAUCUUCGUGAAAUUUGAUCAGAAUGUUUGUCUGGAUGAAAUCUAGGUCAAGUUUAAAUAUGGGUCAUCUGGGGUCAAAAACUAGGUCACCCAGUCAAAUCUAAGAAAAACCUUGUGUAUGCAAUAGGGACUGCAUUUUACACUGGAUCUUCAUGAAGUUUGAUAAAAAUGUUUGCUUUGAUGAAAUCUAGGUCAUCUGGGGUCAAAAACUAGGUCGCUAGGUCAAAUCAAAGAAAAAUCUUGUGUAUGCAAUAGGGACUGCAUUUUAAUCUGGAUCUUCAUGAAAUUUGAUCACAAUGUUUGUCUGGAUGAAAUCUAGGUCAAUUUCAAAUAUGGGUCAUCUGGGGCCAAAAACUAGGUUACCUGGGCAAAUCAAAGGAAAACCUUGUGUAUGAAACAGGGACUGCAUUUUACACUGGAUCUUCAUGAAAUUUUAUCACAAUGUUUGUCUAGAUGAAAUCUAGGUCAAGUUGGAAUAUGGGUCAUCAAAUCAAUGAAGAUCAAAGUAUGCAAUAGUGGCUGCAUUUUACACUGGAUAUUCAUGAAAUUCGAUCAGAAUGUUUGUCUUGAUGAAACCUAGGUCGAGUUCAAAUAGGGGUCAUCUGGGGUCAAAAACUAGGUCACCCAGUAAAAUCAAAGAAAAACUUUGUGAAUGCAAUAGGGACUACAUUUUAGGCAGGAUGUUCAUGAAAUUUGAUCAAAGUGUUUGCUUUGAUGAAAUCUAGGUCAAGUUCAAAUAAGGGUCAUGUUGGAUCAUUAACUAGGUCACCUGGUCAAAUCAAAGAAUAACAUUGUGUAUGCAAUAGGGGCUGCAUUUUUCAUUGGAUCUUCAUGAAGUUUGAUCAGAAUGUUUGUCUUGAUGAAAUCUAGGUCGAGUUCAAAUAUGGGUCAUGUUGGGUCAAAAACUAGGUCACCUGGUCAAAUCAAAGAAAUACCUUGCCUAUGCAAAAGGGGUUGCAUUUUAAGCAGGAUAUUCAUUAAAUUUGAUCAAAAUGUUUCUUUUGAUGCAAUCUAGGGCAGGUUCAAAUAUGGGUCAUCUUGGAUCAAAUACUAGGUCACGCGAUCAAAUCAAAGAAAUACCUUGUGCAUGCAUUAAGGGCUGCAUUUUAGACUGGAUAUUCAAGUAAAUUUUAUCAGGCUGUUUGUCUGGGCGAAAUCUGUGUCAGGUUCAAAUAUGGGUCAUCUUGGGUCAAAAACUAGGUCACCAGGUCAAAUCAAAGAAAUACCUUGUGUAAGCAUUAGGGGCUGCACUUUAGACUGGAUAUUCAUGAAAUUUGAUCCUGCCAAUUGUUUUGAUGAAAUCUAGGUCAGGUUCAAAUAUUGGUCAAAAAAUAGGUAAACUGGACAAAUAAAUAGAUACCUUGUGAAAAACCUUAUGUAUGCAAUAGGGACUGGAUAUUUUAUGAAAUUUGAUAAGAAUGUUUCUCUUGAUGAAGUCUAGGUCAAGCAGCAAUAUGGGCCAUCUAGGUACAAAAAAAAAAUUAACAGUCAUUUUCAGGAAGAUUUUUCUGGCUGUUCUCAGGUGAGCGACCUAGGACCAUUUGGUCCUCUUGUUUGUUAAUACACAUGUAUACUAUAUACAUACAGUCUGCAUAUGGAAUCUUAUGGUGUCUAAUCUCCCAAACCCUUGCACACAAUUUAAUGAAACUUCACACAAGUAACCAGUACCAACCCUAGUUGUGCAUGGUGCAUGUUACGUUCUUUUAGAUAAAUAUUCUGGAGAGUUAUGGGACUUUGUUUUUUGUUACUAUGCUAUAUACAUAGAGUCAGCAUAUGCAAUCUUGUGCGCAUCUAAUCUCCGAACCCUUGCACACAAUUUAAUUAAACUUCACACAAGUGAUCAGUACCAACCUUACUUGUGCAUGGUGCAUGUUAGGUUCUUUCAGAAAAAUAUUCUGCAGAGUUAUAGGACUUUGUUUUUUGUUACUAUACUAUAUACAUAGAGUCUGUAUACAUACAGUCCACAUAAUAAUGCAUUCUUAUGUGCGUCAAAUUGCAAUGUACUGUAUCAGUGUGUGCGGGGAGUACAUUCAUCACCUUCAGUGAUAGCUCUAGUUGAAAAAAGUUUGAGGAGGUAUUGUCAUCACUUCAUGUUGUGAUGUUGGCAUUGGUUAAGGUAUUUGUGUAGCUUUGAAGCUUUUCACUUAUUAUCAGCAGAUGAGUAUAUUGUUUUGAUAGUAAUUACAUGGAAAACUUGUGUACAAAAAGUAAAAUAAUUCAAGAUACAA